AUGAACAUGUCCCUUGCCCAGAGAGUUCUCCUCACAUGGAUCUUCACGCUUAUCUUCCUCAUAAUGCUGAUCCUCAAGCUGGAUGACAAAAUCCACUGGAACUGGUUCCUUAUCUUCCUUCCUGUCUGGACUUUUGAUCUCAUUCUCCUGUUCAUGCUCAUUGUCAAAAUGGCAGGCCGCUGCAAGCCAGGAUUCGACCCUCGCAACGGGGCGGAGAACUUGAAGAAGCGGAUGUGGUACCUUGUGGCCAUGCUGCUUAAACUAGCAUUCUGUCUGACGAUUUGUGCAAAGUUGGAGCAUCUAAUGGAAAUCUUAGUGAGCUGGGUUUGCAUCCCUCUAUGGGCGCUGCUUAUCGGAGCCAUGGUGGAGCUGGGGUACAAUGUUUUCCACUUCAGAAGAGACUGAAAAUAUGAGCGGGACACUUUGAAUGCCAAAAGAGAUGGAAGUUAUGAUUCACAUUAGUUUUUACUGUAUACAUAAGGAGAAAUUAUUUAGAAGUAUACGGCAUUCAUUAAGAAUUUGCACACUGUACAGCUUUGUAAAGCUCUUUUUCAGGGAUUGCUUGUUUCUUUCAGGCUGACUACGCUGAAUAGCCUACGUUACAUGUUCAUGAUGCAGGGAGUUUUACCGUGGUGAGUUUCCAUUCAGGUGACAGAAAUGACUGCUUGUGAAUAUUGCUCCAAUAUUUAUUACAUUUUAGUGAAACACUGAGAUCAUUAGCAGGGUACUGUACCUCUAACAUGAUGGACAAUAAAAAUAACAGUUAAUAUGCUGCUUACACACUGUUCUUUUUUACCAGUACUGUAACAGAGCAUGGUUUCCUAACAAAAAUGACAUAUGUUCUACAAUAAUAUUGCAUAUUAUAGUAAAUCAGUAUUUCUUUAUCAUGCACGAAUAACACACAUUUACAUAAAAUUUUAUUUUUAUUUUCUCUUGUAAAGAGUGUGUGAAUAAUAAUAAAAAAGUAAAAAUGACAACAUUCUUGCAGUGAAAAGGUAAUGUAUUUAUUUUUUAUUUACAUUUCUUUUUUUUUUUUCAUAAGCGCUAUUUACACCCAAGUUUUUUCCAAGAACAUUGGCGAUUAGCAGGUGUUCAGCAGGUAGCAAAUGAUACUAAUCAAGUAAAAAGUUAAAGGAAUAUUCAAGGUUUUAUUAUUAUGCGUUCAGUCUCAGACAUUUGGCUCACUGGUUGCUUCCACCUGAAAGAGCCCCUCCCUGGUUUUGUAUUGAACAGGAAGUUCUUGCCCCUAUUUUGCUAUUGCAAAGCCUUUCUAUCAAACUAACCAGAGAAGUUAAGUCACACCCCGUUAUCUUGCAUUUGCACUCGGUAUGGACAAAAGUGUCCAGAGUGUUUAAUUCAGACAAUUAUUUAAAUGUUGCCUCGAGCAUAUGGCAGAACCCUAAAUUAUGUAUUAAUAAGUCCCCUUUCUGCUGGACAGAGUGGAUUGUGAGGGGGUUUACUCACAGGUGACCUGUAUGAGAGUGGAGUGUUGAGAUCUUUUGAGAAUUUGGUUCAUCAUUUUUGAGAUUCCCAGAUCUCAGUUUUAUAGGUAUUUACAGCAGUGCCACCUGCUCUGUAUUGUUUUUGGGAGUAGCACACACCCCUAAAGAGGCAGACACUCUGGGAGUGGUGAUUGCUGCUUUUAGAAAAGGUCAUGAGGCAUCAGGGUAUUACUCCCUGCUGGUUCGGAGUCUGGGGGACGGAGCUUCAACUUCUCAAGAGAUUAUGGGACAAAGAUUUAAACUUGGUACUGGAGGAGGGAGUGUGGGCUAGGAUUCUAAAAAAUGUCAAGUCUGCAUCUAGAGAUGCAAGGGUUCACCUUAUACAAUUCAAGAUUUUACACAGAUUCUAUUGGACCCCCUCUAGAUUGUAUAGGCUUGGUCUUAAAGACACACCCACCUGCUGGUGAUGCCAAUCAGAAGUUGGAGACACCACCCAUGUUUUUUGGUGGUGUAUUAAGAUCCAUGAAUUUUGGUUGAAGGUUCAGAGUUGUUUGUGUGACGUUUUGGGCACUCAAAUUUUACUUUGCCCCAGACUUUGUAUUUUGGGCGAUGGGGCAAUCAUACAUUUGGGGGAUAAACACGUAAAAAAUUGGGUUCUGACCAGUAUCGUGAUUGGCAAACAAAUUAUUUUAAGGGGUUGGAAGUCGGACGGAGCGCCGUCAUUUCCGGAGUGGUGUGCGGAGAUGGGGAGGGUGGCAGCUUUUGAGGAGGUGGCAAGUAGAAGGCUGGGGUUUGGGGAUUGUUUGUCAGGAAAUGGGGUAAUUAUUUAGCGUUUUUGGGGGACUCUCAGGGAGGGGAUGGGGGGAGAGAAGUCUAGUUUAAUUAUGUAUGUUUAUUACAUAUUUUUAUUUUAUUUAUUUUUUUGUGCGUGUAUUAUUAUAUGUGACCACAGGGUUUGUUCGUUGGUGAUUGGGAGGGAUAUUAGUGGGGGUUAAAUGUUGAUUCUAUGUGUUGUGUUUUUCUCUGUUGUGUAUUUUUGAAUCAAUAAAAAAUUUUAAUUACAAAAAAGGAAUAUUCAGGGUUCAAUAAAAGUUUAGCUCAAUCGACAGCAUUUGUGGCAUGAUUACCACAAAAAAAUUAAUAAUUUCAACUUGUCCCUCAUUUAUUUAAAAAAAAAAAAACAAAUUGCAGUUACAGUAAGGCACUUACAAUGGAGGUAAAUAGGGCCUGUCCAUAAAUGUUAAAAUACACACUGUUAAUUUGACUUAAUGUUAGUUGAUUGAACUUAACUUUGAAACCAGAAUAUUCCUUUAAAUUGCAGUUAAAUGAUUUUCCACA